AAAGUAUAAAUAGUUGCAUUUAAACGCAGCCUACCAGUGAGUGUACCCUUUAAUCUUCUCUUUUUUCUCUUUAUUUCUUCAAUUUUUUCCUCGUAAAAUCGCCCAAAAAUUUGUCAAUCUCUGACCUGAAAGCCCUAAUUUUUGGCUGAUUUCGAGUUUCCGUGCAUAAUGUGGCGCUCUGGGUUGUCUAUAUUUUGAUUUAUUUGAGAAAAAAUAUGUUUUUUCUCAUGUGAAAAUGGCGCUCUGGUUCGGACGAAAUCCUUCUGUUGAGAAACUUCAUAUGUUCGUAUCUUUUUGAGAUAUAGAAGUAAAGGAGGAAUUAAAGGAGCGGGUAUUAUACCAAGGAACUGGUUCUAAGAUGGAUUAUUGUGACCCAGAGUCCAUUGAUCAAAUGAUCUCCUUUACAGAAAAGCUUGAUGAGCGUUUGAAGAAGUGUUUUGAGAUAUUGCAUCAAGGAUAUCCCAAGGAAACUUUGGAGCGCUUCCUCAAAGCACGAGAUGGGAAUGUUUGCAAAGCAAACAAAAUGUUGCUUGACACACUCAAUUGGAGGGUUGAAAAUGACAUUGAUAACAUCUUGGCGAGACCAAUUGAACCCAUUGAAGUUUACACCUCAGUUCGAGACUCACAACUUAUUGGAUUAUCAGGCUACUGUAAACAGGGACGUCCUGUUUUUGCCCUUGGAGUGGGCUUAAGUGCAUAUGAUAAAGCUUCUGCUGAUGAAUAUGUACAAUCACACAUACAGAUGAACGAGUACCGAGAUCGAGUUCUACUGCCAAUGAUGAGUCAGAAGUUUGGGACAUAUAUUGGACCUUGUUUGAAAGUUUUGGACAUGACUGGAUUGAAACUUUCAGCAUUGAGCAGGAUAAAGAUACUGACUAUGAUAUCUACAGUCGAUGACCUCAAUUAUCCUGAGAAGACCGAGAUUUAUUACAUUGUCAAUGCUCCACAUAUUUUUUCAGCUUGCUGGAAGGUGGUUAAGCCAUUGCUCCAAGAAAGAACCAGGAGAAAGAUACAAGUCUUGCAAGGCUCUGGAAGAGAUGAACUGCUGAAGGUGAUGAGCUAUGAUUCUCUUCCCCACUUUGUAAAGCAACAAGGAUCCAGUUCCUCUAGGCGCAAUGAGGGCAAGAUCUCAAGCUGUUUCUCCUUUGACCACUCAUUUCACCAAGAGGUCUAUGCUUACAUGAAAAACCAGGCAGAUACGGGAAAACCAAAUGGUUUUAUUUCCAAAUUAAACUCAUUUCAUGUACAGGUUCCUGAUGAAACCCAUGAAGAAAAUCUGGAGGGGAGCAAUGUUAUUGUUCGGACCAUCAAGAACACUUUGAAAGGGAUGGGGGAUGAGGAGACGGCCUUAGAAAAUGGGGUGGCCGAAUUGCACGUUAGCAAUGACCAGUUGAAUCAAUCCUAACGCAGUUGAGGGUAACAGCACAAACCCCCACCCCCUCCCUCUCUCUCUCUGUAGCUAGGUGGGUAAGCUGAGUUUUGAGCUCAAGCUUGCGUUUGCUGCCCCCCACACCAUAACCACUAUGCCAAGAGGUCAAUCCCCAUGAACUAUUUAUCAAUUCUCUCUCUCACAUGCAUGCACACAAUGUGUGUGCACGUUUAGAGAUGGAUAUUUAAGUCUUAAUAUGUUUCUUACAUUUUCUGUUUUUCUUUUCUCUUUGUAUGGAUAGAAAUUUUGGGCUUAACAAAAAAAAAAUGAAGAACGAAAGAAAGAUAGUAAGAGGGCUUUAAGCUCAGGAGGAAGGGAUUGACACCUCUAUAGGGUGGGUAACCUGUAUAAUCACUAUAUGCAAGGCAUUGUUGGUUUUGUUCAGCCCUACUGCAUGAUAUUUAUAGGAGGGCGAACUGUUGUAUUUGUAACUUCACCCAUUCUGAAUUGAGGAAACAGUAAUAUCAAUGAUUC